AUGUCAAAGGUUGAUGACAAAACGACCCCGGAUGGUACAACGCCUGAUGUUACGGAUACAGCUAAUGGUUCAACAUCCAACGAAAACUAUGAUACAACGAUGAAUAACGAAAAUAACGAACCAGUGAAUAAUGAGACACAACAAACGACAAACAAAGACACUUUACUUGUGGGACAGAGGAAGUCUGAACGGGUACAUAAACCCACCGACCGAAUGUUAGAUUACAUGGACCAGGAGUCUAAGAGACGUGAAAAGAGGAUUCAAUUGUGCUUCGAUCGAUGGAAGUUCAAGGUCAGAGAGUGUAGACAAAAUGUGAAAAUAGAGUCCAGUGAAGAAGAUCUUGGAAACAUGUUAGACGAAAUAUUAAAGCUGGAAAGAGAGGUCAUAGAGGCUUUUGAACAUUUGCAUGUAGCAACCAAAAGGGUACAACUGGAGUCGAUAAAGAAAGAAGAGGAACAGCAAACAAAGUUUGAAGCACUGCAAGAGCAACAACGAAAACUACUAGAAACUCAGCAGCGGGAAGUGAGAAAAUUGCAAGCAGAGAAAUCAGUUGCAAUGGCAGAAGCAAGACUCAAGGCCUACUCGGAUUUGAUGCAGGGGGAUGUGAACAUUGCUGCAGCCACAAGCAGACGUCAAACUGAACAUGACACUUCCUUUAGAAGCCGUCCAACUGACCCCCCGGCUGUUCCGACUAUUGUUAGCCACCCUUUGUUUACACCAGUCGUCACGUCUACUACUCAUCCUACCGUUACACACACUGGGAGGUCUACUUAUACUCCGUUCAACCCACCUACUAACAACGCUACAGUCAACUCGAACAGCACCACAAACGAUGAUUCUACAACAAGUAUCUUAGCAAAGGUGUUUGCGGACUCAGUGAACCUUAAUAGACUACCUAUACCUGAGCCGUCAGUGUUCACAGGAGAUCCACUUCGAUUCGUAGAAUGGAAGACAGCCUUUCAUGCAUUGAUAGAACUGGAAGCAGCUCUGCAUGCCAGACAAGUCCUGCAGGACAGAUACGGACACCCAUUUGUUAUGCAGAAGGCAUUUAGGAAGAGACUAGAGAAUUGGCCUAAAAUCACAGAAGGGAAUUCAAAGGCUCUCAGAGAUUUUGGAGACUUUCUGCAAGCCUGUCGAGAUGCAACGCCUCAGGUUCCAAGCCUUAAAAUUCUGGACGACUGCUCUGAAAAUCAGAAACUAUUAAGCAAACUUCCUAAUUGGGCUGCACUGCGUUGGAAUCGUCAAGUUCAAGAAACUAUUGACUCUACUGGUGAAUAUCCAUUAUUCUCCAAGUUUGUGGACUUCGUUGUAAAGGAGGCUCGCAUUGCUUGUAAUCCAGUCUCGUCAAUCUAUGCGCUCAAGGACACUGACACUAAACCUGCCAGAGAGCACAAAAACUCGAGUCACAAAGCAAAUGUCCUCGCAACGAAUUCAACUCAUCAGCACAAUGCAACGGGAACUGACAUGAGACCCAACUUAUGUGAUUAUUGUGAGAAAGAAGGACAUCCCUUGUUCAAGUGUGAGAAAUUUAUUAACUUGUCUAUUGAGGAUAAACGAGUGGUAGUGCGUAAGAAAAACCUGUGCUUUGGAUGUCUACGCAAGGGCCACAGAAACAAGGACUGCAAGAAGAAGCAUACGUGUGGUAUCUGCAAGGGAAAACACCCAACCUGCAUGCAUGAAGAUGAAUCACCAACAAGAAAGCAACAAUUAGAGGUCAAGGAAGCCAGUUCCUUUCGUGUGAGCAGAGGAUAUGGUCACAGCACCUCCAUGAUCGUUCCAGUGUGGCUUUCUGUUCAGGAGAACCCCUCGCACGAGAUAUUGACAUAUGCUCUCUUAGACACACAAAGUGACACUACCUUUGUGCUAGACGAAACGGCUGCUGCCUUGCAUGUGAAUAGACAACCAACACGUCUCAGCUUCUCUACCAUGACCUCACAGCACACUAUCAUUAACAGUUUCCGUAUACAGAACCUGAGAGAGCUUAGCAACGAACUACCACCUCUUCAGUCAUGUGAAGUUGGACUCUUGAUUGGAUACAAUUGUCCUCAAGCUCUUGUACCAAAAAGAACUCUAACAGGAAACGAGAACCAGCCAUAUGGCAUCCAGACACUGCUUGGUUGGAGCGUGGUUGGAUACACAGAUCACACAGACUCGGACGUUACUGUUGUUUGUCACAGAACUUCAGUGAAGGAGCUGCAUAGCUGUACACCCAGGGAUGUCAUAAAAACUUUGGAGAAAGACUUUGCUCAUGACAAGAAUGAAGAUAUCAAGAUAUCUCAAGAUGACAUCGCCUUCCUUAACUUCAUGAAAGAAAACAUACAGCAGCAUGAGGAUAAGCAUUUGGAAAUGCCUCUGCCAUUCAAGGAGCGACCCUCCCUGCCCAACAACAAGUCACUUGCAUUGAUCCGCUUAAAUCAUCUGAAACGAAAACUUAAAAGAGACCAGACAUAUCAAGAACAUUACAAGACUUUCAUGAGAGAAGUAUUGGAGAGAGGAGACGCCGAACCAGUAUCGUCAGAUGGUGUCAGUGGAAAUACAUGGUAUAUCCCACAUCAUGGUGUUUAUCACCCGAAAAAACCUGGAAAGCUUAGAGUAGUUUUUGACUGUUCAGCAAGAUUCAAAGAGGCUUCAUUAAAUGAAUACCUACUGACUGGUCCGGAUUUAACAAAUGCCUUGACUGGGGUUCUAUGCAGAUUCAGACAACACCCUGUGGCUGUCAUGUGUGAUGUGGAGAAGAUGUUCCACCAGUUUGUUGUACAUGAAGCAGACCGAGACUUCUUACGAUUCCUAUGGUGGGAGGAUGGAAACUUGGAUGCAGAACCCAAGGAAUAUCGUAUGAGAGUACACCUGUUUGGAGCGGCUUCCUCCCCAGGAUGUGCUAAUUAUGGACUCAAGUUCUUAGCCAAAAGCCAAGAAGAGCAACUUCAAGCUGCAUCAUUCUUUGUGCAGAAUAAUUUCUAUGUGGAUGACGGACUCACCAGUGUUGAGACGGAAGAAGAAGCUAUCAAGUUGAUACAAGAUGCACAGAUUCUGUGUGCCAAUGGUGGAUUGCGUCUACACAAAUUUAUUUCCAACAACAAGAACGUAAUAAAUUCUGUUGCUGAAUCAGAGAGAGCGGCAGAUGUUAAAGACUUAGACCUUUCACAUGAACAAUUACCUAUGGAACAAGCACUUGGUAUAAAGUGGAACAUUGAAGAGGAUGCAUUUUGCUUCAAAGCUGUCGACCAGAAUGCAUCUCCUACUAGGCGCAGUAUGCUAUCCAUUGUAGCAUCAAUAUUCGACCCAUUGGGAUUUCUCUCCCCUUUCACACUGACUGGGAAACGAAUACUGCAGGAGAUAUGUCAAGGUAACAUAGGAUGGAAUGACCCUCUACCCGCAGACAGACUACUUGAAUGGGAAGCUUGGAUCAAAGAUCUACAGAACCUUGAUCUCAUCAAAGUCCCAAGAUGCCUCAUACCAAGUGAUUUUGGCAAACCGAUAACCUUUGAGCUGCAUCAUUUCUCGGACGCAAGCACAAAUGGCUAUGGACAGUGUUCUUACCUUAGAGUUGUAAAGGGAACUAAGGUACAUUGUGCUUUAGUUAUUGCAAAGGCAAGAGUAGCACCUCUAAAGGUUGUAACGAUACCUCGCUUGGAAUUGACAGCUGCAGUAUUGUCAGUGAAGGUCAGUUUAUUUCUGAAGAGGGAGCUGAAUCUACCUAUCAACAGAGAGUACUUUUGGACAGACUCUAAAGUGGUGCUUGGCUACAUCAACAACGAGGCUCGCAGGUUCCACGUAUUUGUUGCAAACCGUGUACAGAUGAUAAGAGAUGCAACAAAACCUCAUCAGUGGCUAUACAUUGAAUCUGCCAGCAACCCAGCCGAUCAUGCCUCGCGUGGACUGCGUGCAUCUGAAGUUAAUGAUUCUUCAUGGUUGACCGGCCCUCCAUUACUAUGGCAGUCCAUCAUUGAAAGCAAAGGUGUUGAAACAGAGUUGCAACUUGGAGACCCUGAAGUAAGAUCUGCAAGAACUCUAUGCACCAAAUCAAAGGCUCAUUCUAGUAUCCUUGACAUUCUGUCUCGAUUCUCAUCUUGGACCAAAAUGAUAUCCUUCAUCGCCAGAAUGCAGAGACUCGCCAAUGGUGUCAAGGGAACCUAUCCACCAAAUCCGAAUGAAAGACUUCAAGCAGAACAAACUAUCAUCAAGCAGGUUCAACAUGAAACCUUUCAAGAUGCUAUCAGCGCUCUCGAGAAAUCUGAAGGGCUACCAAAGUCUAACUCCCUGAAACCCCUAGAGCCAAUUCUACAAGAUGGGAUACUUCGAGUCGGAGGCCGACUGAGGAAGGCAACCCUGUCUGCUGCUUACAAGAACCCAAUAAUCUUACCCAGAAAUGGUCAUAUCACGCACUUGAUUCUUUCACAUGCUCACAAGGAAACCUUUCAUCAAGGAAGAGGAAUUACCCUGAACAAGCUCCGGUCUCUUGGUUAUUGGAUUGUAGGAGGAAGUAAGACAGUAGCCAGCUACAUACGUCAGUGCGUUAUAUGCAGGAAGUUGAGACGACCGACAGAGACACAGAGAAUGGCAGACUUGCCCAAGGAGCGUAUGGAACCAUCUCUGCCUUUCACAUACUGCGGUAUGGACUGUUUCGGCCCAUUUAUUGUGAAACAGGGACGAAAGGAAAUAAAACGAUAUGGGUUACUAUUUACCUGCAUGUGCUCUCGUGCUAUCCACAUUGAGAUGUUAGAUGACAUGUCUACUGAUGCGUUUAUCAAUGGUUUGCGCUGUUUUAUCGCCAUUAGAGGAACCGUGAGACAGUUGCGCUCGGACCAAGGAACCAAUUUCAUUGGAGCUAAGAAUGAGUUCCAGAAAGCACUUAACAAGGAAAGAAUAUGCUCAUUCCUGGCAGAGAAACACUGUGAAUUUGUGUUUAACGCGCCCAGUGCUAGUCAUACAGGAGGUGUGUGGGAACGUCAAAUAAGAACCGUCCGUAACAUACUCAACGCCAUACUAUUACUUUGUCCUGGAAGGCUAGAUGAUUCCUCGCUGAGAACCAUAUUCUAUGAAGCGAUGUCUAUUGUAAACGGUCGCCCACUAACGGUUAGUGAGAUAGACAACCCAGACUCACUGGAGCCGCUUACUCCGAACCACAUCUUAACUGGGAAGACCACUUCUCCCCUUCCCCCUCCUGGAGAGUUCGUGAAGGAAGACAUGUAUGUCCGUAAACGUUGGAGACGUGUACAGUACCUUAUGGAACAAUUUUGGUCCCGUUGGAGACAUGAGUACUUGGCUCAGAUCACCUUACGACAGAAGUGGCAUGGAGUUCGUCGGAACAUCAAGGAAGGUGACAUUGUUCUGGUGAAGGACGUUGACCUGCCACGCAACCAAUGGCCUCUCGGUAGAGUUGUCGAAGCCAACCCAGAUGAUGAUGGUCUUGUACGGAGAGUCAAGGUGAAAAUGCAGUCUGGAGUCCUGGAGAGAACAGUUCACAAGCUUGUGCUACUCAUUGCAAAUUAA